UUAAUGCUGCAAGGCCGUCAACCGGUUUGUCAUCACUUCAGGUGGAAAAUGGCAUCCGUAUGGUUCACACUCGAAUCAUCGAUUGCCAACAAAUUGCUCAGCUACAAAUUACAAUCGCCAGUGCCGAAAUCAUUUCGUUGCGACCAACUGCGUCAGCAGAAUCAACCUGGAUCGUCGUGUCGUGAAACAGGAAAAAAAAACCUUGUUUUCAUGCUCCAGCUGCUUCUAGUAGUCAUUACUGAGUACUCCGUGUCUAGCUUGAUGUCAUCCCGGCACAUAAGCAGCUUCGAGUUGACUGGCGGCCGCGUCUCCAGACGUCUCCAGAUUUCAGAGUUUGCGGCUCUUUUUUUUUGUCCGAGUUGCAUGUGA